GGAGCUUCUCCACCCCUCGCAUCCCCCGCGGCUGCUUCUCUUUUUCCUCAACAACUUCUCUCACACCAAGGCCUCUCUAUUUUCUCAACUCGCUUAUCAACUUGAACUAACCCCACCCUGCCCCUCAGAUAACCCCUCAGACAAUGUCUGAAUCCAACCCCACCCCCGCAGACCUCGCCGCGCGCGACGCCGAAGAACAAGCCCGCAAGGCGGCCGAGGAGGCCGAGCAGGCCACCCUCCCCUACAAAUGGACGCAGACGAUCCGCGACGUGGAAGUGACGAUCCCGGUGCCAGGCCAUCUGCGCGGCCGGGAUUUGGACGUGGUGCUGACCAAGACAAAGAUUAAAGUGGCGAUUAAGGGGGAGAGUGCUAUUAUUGAGGGCGAAUUCCCCCACCCGAUUAUCGUGGACGAGAGCUCCUGGACGCUGGAGACGACCUCGCAGCCUCCCGGCAAGGAGGUGGCCGUGCACCUGGACAAGGCCAACAAGGUGGAGUGGUGGCCGCAUGUGGUGACGGGGGCGCCCAAGAUCGAUGUCAGCAAGAUCACGCCCGAGUCGUCCAAGCUGAGUGAUUUGGAUGGAGAGACUAGGGCGAUGGUCGAGAAGAUGAUGUACGAUCAGCGGCAGAAGGAGAUGGGCGGGAUGACUAGCGAUGAGCAGAAGAAGAUGGAAAUUCUGAAGAAGUUCCAGGCGGAGCAUCCUGAGAUGGAUUUCUCGAAUGCGCAGAUCGGUUAGGGGAUGGUUCUUAAUGUGUAUGAAGUAAUGAGAUUGCAUUGCAUCUUUGAUUGUGGACCGUGUACUGGUUGUUGUUUAGUAUACCUUUACCUUAGUAGUUACAUUACUG